CACUUCAGAGUCUGGAGAACUUCCUUUGCCUUUUCCACUAUGUCCAGCAUCUCCCCAACCAGACCAAAGAUGCACUGAAAUUCUGCUCAGACAUGAGUGGGGCCAGUAACACGCUGGCCAGGGAGUUUCUGACAGAUGUACAUCAGCUGUGCAGCGCGGUGGCCCAGAGGGCAGAGGCCCGGGACGAGGAUGAAGAGGAGAGUCACAUGGUUGCUUUGGGGGAGUACCUGGUUCGGGGGCGGGGCUUUUUGCUGCUCAGCACUCUGGACUCCAUCAUUGACCAGGAGCUGACCUGUCGAGAGGAGCUGCUCACUCUACUGCUGUCACUGCUACCACUGGUCUGGAAGAUCCCAGUUCAGGAGGAAAAAGCCCCAGAUUUCACGCUGCCAUCUUUACUGGAGGUGUUCCUGAACUGGGAGGUAAAGGCCGUACCUCUCAGAGUGGGACAGAAGGCUGGGACAGAUGAGCAGACGCCGGGGAGGAGACCGCGAGUGUCCAGUGGUACAUGGAAGUCCCGCCGCUCACGCAGGACCGCCCAAAGAUACUCUGUGAAAGAUGCUCGCAAAUCCCAAGUGUCGACGUCCGAUUCUGAAGCCAACUCUGAAGACAGGCCUGUCCCGGGACCAGGGGGUGUGAGGAGCAGGAGACCCCAUGGAACCACGUUAAGAGUCAGCUGUCAGCAUCACAGAUCUGAGCCACAAACCCACACCACAACAUCCAACGCGAGCACCAUCACCGACAACAUGAGUGCCCCCUACCACCAUCCCCGGACCACCGCAUCCCAGACAGACACAGAAACUCUCACAGAUCCCGCAGCCAUCUCCAUUUUCAACCGAAUGGAGAACUCUCCAUUUGACCUGUGCCACGUGCUGCUGUCCCUCCUGGAGAAGGUCUGCAAGUUUGACAUGAGCAUCAACCACAACCCCGGCCUGGCGGUCAGCGUAGUGCCUACUCUGACGGAGAUCCUGACAGAGUUUGGGGAGUGCUGUGGGGGGGGCAUGGUGGGAGCUGGGGCAGAGGAGCUGGCAGGGGGCUGGACAGAGGAGCCCAUAGCUCUGGUACAGAGGAUGCUCCUGCGCACCAUUCUGCACCUGAUGUCUGUGGAUGUGAGUCAGAGCGAAACCCUCCCUGACAGUCUACGGCGCAGCCUCACUGACCUACUUCGUGCCACGCUCAAAAUCAGGAGCUGUUUAGACCGGCAAACCAAUCCCUUUGCCCCUCGCCCCAAGAAGACCCUGCAGGAAGUCCAGGACGACUUCUCCUUCUCACGGUAUCGCCACAGGGCACUGCUCCUGCCUGAACUGCUGGAGGGGGUCUUGCAGGUGCUGCUGGGCUGCUUGCAGGCCUCCACUCCGAACCCCUUCUUCUUCAGCCAGGCUCUGGAGCUUAUCCACGAGUUUGUGCAACACCGUGGCCUGGAGCUGUUUGAGGCCACAGUGUUGCGUUUGGAGGGCCUGUGCCGGGCACGGGACUCUGAGAUCGGAGGAGAGGCAGCAGAGCGACUGCGCGGCCUCAUCGCUGGUGUGUUUAAGAUCAUUAGUGCUGUGAAGAAGGCCAAGUCUGAGCAGCUGCAUCAGUCAGUCUGUGCCCGGAGACGCCAUCGUCGCUGCGAGUACUCACAUUUUCUGCAUCACCACAGAGACUUGUCAGGUCUGCCUGUCUCAGCCUUUAAGCAGGGGGCCAGACGGAACCCCUUUGAGGAGGACGGGGACGGGAAAGAAGGAGAGGGGGACACGGGGAGGUACCCAGAGCGCUGUUGCUGUCUAGCUGCCUGUGCUCAUCAGUGCCUGCGACUGCUACAGCGACUCUCUCCGAGCGGGCCAGCCGUUCUACAGGUGCUGGCUGGGGUCCAGGCAGUGGGCAUCUGCUGCUGUAUGGACCCCCGGUCUGUGGUCGGACCACUGCUCCACGCCUUCAAAGCUCCAGGUUUGCGCAGUUACCAGUCCCAUGUCCUGAGUGUUUUGGGCCGGCUGAUCUUGGACCAGUUGGGAGGGGGACAGCCCUCGGAGAAGGCCAAACUAGCUUCCUGUAACAUCUGCACUCUGGACAGCAGCCAGCUGCCCGGGUUGGAGGAGACCCUCCAGCAGGGGGAGCACACAGUGUCCAGUGGGCUGUGUUACCGCUCUCAGGGGAUCCUGCCCAGUGGAGGAGGCACUGAGGACAUGCUGUGGAAGUGGGAUGCGCUGCAGGCCUAUCAGGAGCUGGUGUUUGGGGAAGACUGGACUCUCAGCCAGCAGGUGGCGGGCCACGUGUGUCACCUAACUCUGCGUGGCAAUGCCAUCGUGCAGUGGCAGCUGUACACUCACAUCUUUAACCCAGUUCUCCAGAGAGGGGUGGAGCUCGCCCAUCAUGCGCAGCAACUGGGUGUGUCGACUGUCUGCACCCAGGUUUGCACCUACCACACACACUGCCUGCCCAUCGAGGUGCUGCUAGUGUACCUGCAGACUCUGCCCACCCUGCUCAAGUCCAGGGUGAUUCGGGACCUCUUUGUGAGCUGUAAUGGCCUGAACCAGGUGACUGAGUUGGUGUACUUGGAUCAGACCCGUUCUUUGGCUCUGAAAGUGUUCGAAACUCUGAUCAUCGGUAUUGGGCAUAAGCAGGCUGAAGGGGUGCUUCAGGAGCUGGAGAACGCCGACGCAGAGGAGAGAGAGGCUGUUUUCGCUUUGGCCGAAGAAUUGGGGUCCCGAGGGGCUGGCGAGGGUCCGCAAAGUCUUAGUAAAUUUUAUGAGGGGCUAAAAGAAGCUUAUCCCAGUCAUAAAAACAGGAGCGUUCAAGGGCGCGGUCCAGGACGUAGUCGUGCAGAGACACACUUACAUGUUAUCAAUCUAUUCCUAUGUUUAGCGUUUCUAUGUGUAAGCAAGGAGGCUGAUUCAGAUCGAGACUCGGCUAACGAUUCAGAGGACACUUCUGGAUAUGAUAGUACCGCUAGUGAACCUCUAGGGGGCAGACUUCCAUACCUGUCUCCAGAUAGCGUGGCUCUACCUUCCAAAGAGCAGGUGCGCAGGGCUGCCGACGUGUGGUCCGUGUGCAGAUGGAUCUACUUAACUAGCCCCUUGUUCCAAAGACAGUUUUUCCGAUUAGGGGGACUAGACAUUUGCCUACGUCUCAUGGCUAUGGUUAUCCAGAAGCUCUCAUGCAAGACCAAAGAUGGGAAAGCCAAAAAGAAACGCGACGGGAAGAGUAAAUGUAGUCCGGAGUCCACUGCUCCUAACCUUGUGGUGGGGCAGGAGGAGGCAGAGGUCCACAGCCCAGCACACAUUGAGGGGAAGGCCAAAGACCCAGCCAGAAAACUGGAGGAAGAGUGGCAACUUCAGAGCAUACGGCUCCUCGAAGCACUGUUGGCCAUUUGUCUGCACAGCGCAAACACUGCCCUGCAGAGAGUGGAGCCUGAGCUGUCUUUCCAGCUACAAUCUGUUGAAGAGACUCUGUCCGAGGUGAGAGACCAGUUGGCUCGUUCAGGAGUAGUGAACUCUGACCUCGCCAUCCCACUGUUCAACUCCCUUCUGAGGGUCGCUUUAGCCGAGGUCUCCCCCUCCCCAGACCCACCCGAGGAGAAACCAGAGAAGAAGUUGCAGGUCCUGGUGGAGGGGGUGGUCCCAGCGGGGGAUCUGUCUGAAGAGGUAGAUGAGGUGCAAAGCUGCGGAGUGAAGCCCCCCGGAGAGGAGGAGGGCUACGACGCAGACAGCGAAAGCAACCCAGAGGACAUGUCCCGCCAGGAAGAGGGGUUGAAAGUGGAGUCUACAGCACUACAUGAGUUGGGGUCCGUGGUGGAGGGGGGUAGGAGAGGGGUCUUGCUGUUCCCAGAGAUCUGCACCAUGGAGUUGCAGUUACUGGCCUCGGGCUCUCCAGACCUGGACGUCCUGAGCCAUGUGUUUCACAGUCUGCUCGGGGCAGUCCAUGCCAACCGCCGCAACGCUGCUCUGCUCUACGACCAGGGAGGAGUUAAAAUCAUCCUGUCUGGCUUUCACAACAUCCUUUGUCAAACAGAACCAAGUUUUAAAGAUUGUCAGACUGUCCUGGUGGAGCUGCUCGUGUCCAUGGUGACCCAGAGAAUCACAGCGGAAGAACUGGCUUUAUUGAUUCGACUGUUCCUGGAGAAGACCCCACCCACAGAAAUUUUGCUAAAAGGUAUUCAGCAGAUCGUAGAGGCCAACAUCGACGUGGACCCUCUGCACUUCCUGACAUUUCCCAUAAUCCUUGGGGCAGUGACUCCUGGUGGGAUUUCCCCCGGCGUCAGACAGAAUGGCUCGGCUGGGGGCAAAAGUGUAGGUUUGCUGUGGAAGGGUAAACUGUCUCCGGGGCGACGAGAGGGGGAGGGGGACUUUCGGAUGACAACUGUACACACCUCUCCGUGGCACGCUGCCCCACUGCACCUGCCUCUCGUGGGGCAGAACUGCUGGCCUCACAUGGCGUCUGGGUUCAGCGCCUCCAUGUGGGUGAGAGUGGUCGAAUCGGAAGACAAAGAGAAUGAGAAAGACACAGAAGACAGACACCUCUCCACCGCCGAGUCCCACCACGGUGCCACUCAUCCUGGGACGACAUCCAGCGAAGAGUCCCUCAUUCAUAUUCUGUCCAUGGGCUCCAAGGCACUGAUGCUUCAAGUGUGGGCAGACCUCUCCACAGGCUCUAUGACAUUCAGGAUGUGUAUUGACCCGAAUGAUGAGAUAAAGGCAGGACUCCUGGCACAAGCAGAGUCUGCAGAAGGACUACUUCGGCCGGGACAGUGGCAACACAUUGGUCUGACCUACAGCCAGCAGCCGGAGGGCAAGAAGAACAUCCAUGGCUCUGUGGUGGUGUGGGUGUGUGGAAUCAGAAAAUGUGAAGUUUCUCUGGACUAUACAUUACCCAGAAAGUCCAGCUUAUCCUCAGACAGCAAUAAGACUCUGUGCAUGCUGGGACACUGCCUCUUGAUAUCAGAGGAGCAGAUGAAGCAAAGCCCACGAUGGAACAUGGGCACUGUGCUGCUGUUUAAUGGAGCAAGAAUAGGUUCAGAGGAGGCGUUCUACCUUUACGCCAGUGGGCCCGACCUCACCUCCAUAAUGCCCUGCAAGUACGGCAAGGCCAGUGUGUCAUUCUCAAAAUUCGUCACACUAGAGGGGCUUAAGUGUGACUAUGUCCGAGACCUUCUGACCAAAAACAAAGAUGUGGACACUACAGCUUUGGUGGAGAGCCUUGCCGUUGUUUAUGCCCCCAGCAGCCCCAGAGUCUACACCAUCUAUGAGCCUGUGAUCAGGUUAAAGGGCCAGGCCAAAACCGUUGUAACGCAGAGACCCUUCAGCUCCAAAGAGGUGCAGAGCGUGUCCAUGGAGCACCCUGCGCUCCGCUCUCUGCUCCCCACACAGACACAGGGUCUACAGAGCGUCCUGCACAAGAUCGGAGGGACAGGGACGUUUGUGUACCUCUUUGCACAGACGGUGGAGCUGAGCGACUGUGAGCAGACCCAGGCUCUGGCCCUGAGGGUGCUCCUGUCUCUGUCCAAAAACAACCAGCACCGCAUCCAUGAGAUGAACUGUUACCAUGGAUACGCCAUGAUCCACCAGGUCCUCAUCAAGUCCAAGUGCAUCGUGGGAUAUCACAUGCUCAAAACUCUGCUGGAUGGAUGUUGCAGUGCUCCCAUCCUGGUCCUGGGAGAAGAUGGACAUUUCCGACUGGACACGGAGUCCCUCGCUGUGGUGCAGGACAUCAAGCUGCUCUCAGAUAUCCUCCUGGACUGGAAGAUAUGGGCCAAAGCUGAGUGUGGUGUGUGGGAAACUCUGCUCGCUGCCUUGGAGAUCCUCAUCAGAGUUCACCAUCCGCAUCAAGUCUUCAACAUCCGACAGUUCCUCAAGGCUGAAGUCGUGCAUCGCUUCCUCCUCACCUGCCAAGUCCUACAGGAGCAUAGGGAUGAGCACCUCACUGCUAUUCCGCAAGACGUCUGCUUAUCAUUCGUCAAAAUCAUUCAAGAAGUUUUGGGGUCUCCUCCUGACCUGGAUCUGCUCAAAUUGAUCUACAACUUUCUCCUGGCUGUUCACCCUCCCACCAACACUUAUGUCUGCCACACACCAUCUAGCUUUUAUUUCUCGCUACACAUCGAUGGAAAAUUAUACCAUGACAAAGUCCAGUCUAUUAUGCACCUGAGACACUCAACAAGUGGAGGGAAGUCCGCCUGCAGCUCUGUGGUGUCCCUGUCUCCCACUGUCUUCACUGACGCACAACAUGAAGGCCAUCUUCAUCCUUCUUAUGCUGAACACGGAGGAGACGACCAGUCCUUACGGCCCCCAAGCAUCGCCCCUUCUCCAUACUCUUCCCCGCUCCUCACCCCUCGCCUGGGGAACGGAGGUGGCCCUGUGUCUGGUGACAGUGAUGGCGUCUCCCCUUCGGCCCAGCAGGCUCUGGGCAGCACUGAGACUCUGAAGAAGGGCGAUGAGCAGUUACUGAGCAGCUGUGAAUCUGCCAAAACCAUAUGUGACUCCAGAGAGGCUGAGGGCGGAGCGCGGACCCCCUCCAUCAGCAUAGAGGAGGAGCGGGAUGAGGCAGAGGUGGACAGUUUGGCAGAGGGCAGCGUUGGGGUCGCGGAGUCCGAAGAUCGCUUUGACUGGGCCAGUGACGAAGCUCCCAGAAGGCCAGACAGUUUAAAGGGCAUCCAAUCAUUUCAACGCAGUCAUAGCAACCUGGCCAGUCUGGGGUUAGCAUUUCCUGCUACAAAUGGGUCGUUAGCAAUCGGACGGUGGCCCAGUGCAGCAGACAGGGGAUCAAUGCCAGAAGACUGGGAGAGUUACACCUAUUCACCGGGAUAUGAGCGCACCCACAGCAAAACAGAGUCCAAUGACAGGUCUAGCACAGAGGACUGCCUGGUGCUGAUUUGCUGUGGCCUGUAUGACCUGCUGAGGGGCGUGCUGCUGCUCUUACCAGACCUGAUGCUAGAGGAGGUCAUGGACAAAGUCAUCCAACCAGAGGCUCUCAUCGUCCUGGUCAACCACUCAUCUCCUCUGAUCCAGCAAGGAGUCAUGAAGUUACUGGAUGCAUAUUUCAGUCGAGCCCAGAAAGAGCAGAAGGAAAAGUUUCUGAAGAAUCACGGUUUCUCACUAUUGGCAAAUCAGCUGUACAUUCACCAGGGCAACCAGGGUCUCCUCGAGUGUUUUCUGGAGAUGCUGUUUGGGCGACCUGUGGGCCUAGAGGAAGACUUGGACCUGGAGGAGAUGGAGAGCAUUUCCCCAUUCAGACGGCGCUGUAUCAUUCCAGUUCUGGGCCUCAUAGAAAACUCUCUUUAUGAAAACUCCCUGGUGCAUAACAUCCUGUGCAUGCUGCUGCAGCUGAUCAACGCCUGCCCCAAACUGGCCGACAUCCUUCUGGACCACGGGCUGCUCUAUGUGCUCUUCAAUACACUGUCCACUCUCAACGGCAUGGAGAACGGCAUCCCUCUGAACGACUACAAGCUCCUGGUGUGCGACAUACAGCAGCUGUUGGUUGCCGUGACGAUCCACUCCUGCAGUUCCUCGGGGUCUCAGUACUUCCGCAUCAUCGAAGACCUCAUUACUCUGCUCGGAUUUAUGCAAACGAGCAAGAUGCGCCGCACUCAAGAAAUGGCUGUGGCGCUGCAGUUCCGGGUCCUUCAGUCGGCCAUAGAGUUUAUCAAGACGACAGCCAAUCAGGAGCCUCAAAAACUCAGCAGCUCCAUCAACCCCCCCAGCUCGCCGCACCACGCCAUCUACCAGAAACGAAAAAGCAUCGCAGGCCGGCGGCGCUUCUCUCUUGCCCAAGUCGACUCCCUGUUGAUGCGGAUGCGCUCUGUGGCCAGUGACGAGCUGCACCAGAUGAUGCAGAGGAGGAUGAGCCAGGAAAACCCAAUCCGAGCCAGUGAGACCGAGUUUGUCCAGAGACUUCAGAGGAUCGUGGUGCUGGCCGUCAACAGACUCAUUUACCACGAUGUCAGUCAGGACUUGUUUGACCUGUUGAAUAUCCCUGACUCCCCGGACCACCAGCUCUACACCCCUGAACACGGAGACACGGCUCCAGACGAGAGCGGCCCCUCCUCUGUCCCUCAUUCCCCCACCCCCUUCACCCUCCCACCCGCCAGCAAGAAGAGCCUGCAGAAGGAUAUACUCAAACUGAUGAUGGACGGCAUCAAAAUCGGCCUGGGCAGCACGGGUCGAGGUGGAGCCCCCCAUCACCAAUGGAGGAGGAUCCUUUGGUCUUGUCGUGACACUUUUCGGGUCCAAAUCGGGCGUCUGCUGGUCCACACGCUCAGCCCUGCACUACCUCUGUCUGAAAGAAAGGAGGCGCUAGAGUUUGUGUUUGAUCACAGACAUUUGGACAUCCUCAAAGAGAGUCUCAGUCCUGGUCUAGAGCAUGGUCCAAAGUUGUCGUUGUACCUUUACGAGAUGCUUCACGAUCACAAAGACAAUUUAACCAAAGAUGAACAAAACGCAGUGGCUGUUUUCAUGACAUCUCUGAAGCUCUGUGGUCAUCGCUGUAUCCCUCCCAACUCUCCACAUAAGAAAGACUUACUCAAGGCCAUAAAGGAGGAAAAAUUCAAGUACGAAGCAGAAGAGAAAACAAGCAAAGUUGCCUGGGAAAAGAAAAUGGCCAGUUCCCAGAAAAAUCUUAUCCAGAGGCUGGAUGGGAAGUCUAAGGACAUUUCAAAGAUUGCGGCUGAUAUCACUCAGAACGUGUCUCUGCGUCAGGGCAUGGAGAUGAAGAAGGUGAUCCAGCACAUCAGGGGCCUCUAUAAGACCGACCUGAGCGCCAGCAGACACUGGCAGGAGCUGGUGCAGCAACACACACACGACCGAGCUGUAUGGUACGACCCAACCUCUUACCCCACGUCCUGGCAGCUCGACCCGACCGAGGGCCCAAACCGAGAGCGGCGCCGGCUGCAGAGAUGCUACCUCACCAUCCCCAACAAAUACCUGCUCAGCGACCGACGCAAACCUGAAGACCCCGUCAAGUCCCCUCUUUCGUUUUUAUUUGAGGAAAAGACACACUCCUCUUUCUCCUCCACCGUGAAGGACAAAGCCACAAGUGAACCCAUCAGGUUCACCAGGCGCUGCAUUAGUGUCGCCCCCUCCAGAGAGACUGCGGGGGAGCUGCUUCUGGGGAAGUCUGGCAUGUACUUUGUGGAGGAUAAUGUAUCAGAUGCCCAUGACAAUCAGAGCCUUCAUGGCGAGACUGAAGCCCCAUCUUUUUCCUGGACGUAUGAAGAGAUCAAAGAAGUGCACAAACGCUGGUGGCAACUCCGAGACAACGCAGUCGAAAUAUUCCUGACCAACGGCCGGACCCUACUGUUAGCAUUUGACACCACCAAGUUCCGUGACGACGUGUACCACAACAUCCUCACCUCUGACCUCCCAAACCUGCUUGAACACGGGAACAUCACGGCCCUCACUCAGCUGUGGGGGUCCGGACAGAUCUCCAACUUCGAGUACCUCACUCACCUCAACAAACACGCAGGGCGCUCCUUCAAUGACCUCAUGCAGUACCCUGUGUUCCCUUUCAUUCUGAGAGACUACACCAGUGAGACGCUGGACCUGCAGGAUCCAACCAUCUACAGGAACCUGGUCAAACCUAUUGCUGUUCAGUCAAAGGAGAAAGAGGAUCGCUAUGUGGAUAAUUAUAGAUAUCUUGAGGAGGAGUACAAAAAGGGUAUUCGUGAGGAUGACCCCAUGCCCCCGGUGCAGCCCUACCACUACGGCUCGCACUACUCCAACAGUGGCACCGUUCUACACUUCCUGGUCCGAAUGCCCCCUUUCACCAAAAUGUUCCUGGCCUAUCAAGAUCAGAGCUUUGAUAUUCCCGACCGUACUUUCCACUCCAUGAACACCACGUGGCGCCUGUCGUCCUACGAGUCCAUGACCGACGUCAAGGAGCUCAUCCCGGAAUUCUUCUACCUCCCAGAGUUCCUCGUCAACAGAGAAGGUUUUGACUUUGGAGUCCGUCAGAACGGGGAGAGGGUCAAUCACGUAAACCUACCCCCCUGGGCGCGCAAUGACCCUCGACUAUUCAUCUUGAUCCACCGCCAGGCUCUGGAGUCGGAGCACGUGUCCCAGACGCUGUGCCAGUGGAUCGACUUAGUGUUCGGCCUCAAGCAGAAAGGAAAAGCUGCUGUACAAGCCAUCAAUGUAUUCCACCCAGCUACUUAUUUUGGCGUGGACGUGUCGGCAGUGGAGGAUCCAGUGCAGCGUCGUGCCUUGGAAACCAUGAUCAAAACAUACGGCCAGACGCCCAGACAGCUCUUCAGUGCGUCCCACAUCAGCCGCGCCGGGACCAGGCUCAUAAUGGAAGGGGAGCUGCCCGCUGCCAUGGGCCUGCUGGUGCAGCUGGCCUUCAGAGAGACCAGGGAGCAGGCCAAAGAGAUUGUGUGCCCGAGCCCUCUUCCCUGGAUCAAAGGGCUGAAAUGGGGGGAGUACGUGGGGUCGCCCAGUGCCCCUGACCCUGUGGUGUGCUUCAGCCAGCCUCACGGGGAGCGCUUUGGGUCCCUGCUCGCCCUGCCCACCCGCGCCAUCUGUGGACUGUCCCGCAAGUUCUGCCUCAUGAUGAUCUACAGCAAGGAGCAGGGGGUCCGGAGCAUGCACAGUACAGACAUCCAGUGGUCUGCCAUACUGAGCUGGGGCUACGCAGACAAUAUACUGAGGCUGAAGAGCAAACAGAGUGAACCACCCAUCAACUUUAUCCAGUGCUCCCCACUUCACCUGGUGACCAGCUGUGCCUGGGUGCCCGAUGGAUGCCAGCUCUUUACGGGCAGCAAGUGUGGAGUCAUCACCGCCUACAGCAACCGCUUCACCAGCACCACGCCGUCAGAGAUGGAGGUGGAGUCGCAGGUCCAUCUGUACGGACACAGCGCAGAGGUCACCAGUCUGUUUGUGUGUAAACCCUACAGCAUCCUCAUCAGCGUCAGCAGAGACGGCACCUGCAUCCUCUGGGACCUCAACAGGUUGUGUUAUGUCCAAAGCCUGACAGGUCACAAAAGCCCAGUGACUGCUGUGUCUGCGAGCGAGACGACCGGAGACAUCGCCACAGUCUGUGACUCAGUUGGAGGAGGCAGUGACUUGCGCCUGUGGACAGUGAAUGGAGAUUUGAUCGGACACGUUCACUGUAGAGAGAUCAUCUGUUCUGUGGCCUUUUCAAACCAGACGGAGGGCGUGUCCGUCAAUGUGAUCGCAGGAGGGCUGGAGAAUGGAGUGGUCAGAUUAUGGAGCACCUGGGAUCUGAAACCUGUGCGAGAGAUCACCUUCCCGAAGUCGAGCAAACCUAUUAUCAGUUUAACUUACUCCUGCGAUGGGCACCACUUGUACACAGCCAACAGCGAGGGCACUGUCAUGGCCUGGUGUCGUCGAGAUCAGCAGAGGAUGAAGCUCCCCAUGUUUUACUCUUUCCUGAGCAGUUACGCAGCUGGCUGAACCCCCGCUCCUCUUCAUCCAGUUUGUGCUUUCAAUCUUAUUUCUGGCCUUGACAAGAGCAUCAGCCCCUCCUCCUCUUCCUCCUCUUUCUCCUCCUCCUCCUCUUCGUCUACAUCAGCACUCGAGAGGAAGAGUCAGCAUGGCCUCAACUCCCUGGACCCUCCCCGAGUCUUAAUUAAAACUGUCUAAAGCUGAGCAGACUGUAUCCCCCAGUCUCCACCACCAUAAAUGGAAAUCCAAUGUUUAUAUGGAGACGAUUUUAUAAAUAGUUUGUGGGUGGAUAUUUGGAGGACUGAUGUUUGCGUUGGCUGGGAGAAAAAUGUGCAGACACUUUAUAUACAUUUUUAAAUGCAUAUUGUUUUGGGUUCAUUUGAGAGGAAAAUCAGUGGCAUACAGCAGGCAAGAUCUGGGCAAGUUGUCUAAAAAUGGAGCUAUAAUUUCCCAGCAAAUUGUUGUUUUUUUUGUUUUUUUUUACAUUUCCUGCAGUUGUCAAUAUAUUUUUCCAAUUUUAUUUUCCGAUACGCUGCUAUUGCAAAGUCAGAAAGGCACAGUGCCCUAUUGUCUCUUGAGUGUGGACAUCCUGCGCUUCAUGGGACAGGUCGGUGCCACAGAUCAACGAUUGGAUCAAUGCUGACGCCGCAAAGAUGGCCCCUCCCUCUGCGUAUCUGCGAGGGGAGGAGGGGGAGACGGGGGCGCAUCACCAGUGUCCCAGUCCGGGGGGGCAGAAGAAUGGACUGUGCUCCCUGAUGUUGCCUGUUGAGUUUUACCUUUGCAUGCUCUAAGAACUCUGAGAAUGAGAGAUUUUUUUUUUUUUUUACCAUUUUCAACACUCCUUAAUGAAGCUCUGCCUUGCUUUUUGUUUAUUUCAGGUCUUAACGCACUGAAAUCCGUUCAUAAUUGUAUUUAUUGAAAACUGUGCUAGCCUGGCCAGGACACACUAUUUACAAAUUUAAGUGUGUCCUUUUGUUUUCAAGAUCUAUUUCAUGACUAAUCAAAAUUAUCUAACUGAGUGCAUAGGUCCCUUUUUGCUGUAACUUGUUCCAUAUUUCCAUCCAGUUCUAUUCAAACAAGAAGUAAUUGCAUAUUUCCCUUUAAAUCCUACUCGAAUCAGUAUUUGGGACCAAAUGAAUUCUUAAAUAUUGUGAUUUAAAUUUGGGUGACUGGCCAGGCGUCAUAACCUCUUCUGUGUACGUCGGAAAAUUCUUUGUUUACUACAUUUUGCUGCAAGAAUUUAUGAAGCUUGAAGCACUGGUGCAAAAAUGAAGGUUCCACACACAAAUUUUAGUUUCACUUGAGUAACAGGUUCUGCACAGGGGCCAAGAUUACAGAAUUAAUAAGUAUACUAUUGAGCCCAAAUCUGUUCAUUCACACAGGAUGAAUAAUGUGAUUUAAUUUUUCAAAAUCUGUUGAUCUGUCACUACUUUUUUCACAUGAAUUUAAUUUUUCUGUCACAUUUUUUUCAUAGAUUUUUAUUUACACUAUGUUAAACUAUUGAUUCUUGUCAGUUCCAUGAAUAAAUUCACAAUCGGGUGGUUUAGAUCUGGGCUUUUCAAUAUUUCACUACCAUUUUCACAUUGUCUUUAAUAUGAAUAAACUUGGGCUUAAUUGUUUAAUAAUAUUAUACACUACAUCCACCAAUGUAUCCUAUAUCGCGCAGCUUUUUUACAUUCCCCACUUCUCAACAUGCUGCACUUUUGAGUUUAUUUCUUAAAUGUAAAAUGCUCAGAGCACUUUUUGUUUUGUUUAGUUUUUUGGGGUUUUUUUUGGUUACUGAAUUACACGAAAGCCAAUGAUUUGCUGUCUGAAUAGGAUUGAAUCACCACUAACUGCACACAAAAGCAAUAUCGGACAUACAGUGGUAUUUUGGAGGAGCUAGGAAGCUGUGAAACCAAUGGUAGGACAUUUCACUCUAGAAAAUUGUUUACAAGAAAGGGAAUUGUAUUGAAAAUGAUGUCCAGUAUUCAUUCCUUAUUUGUCGUCUUAAUUUCCUCACAUUUGUGGACACGAUUUGAGUUACUGUCUGAUGCUGCAUGUAAGAUUGUGUUUUGCUUGUGAGAUACUCCUGUAGCAUCCGUUUGUAUGAAACUGUAUGAGAUUUUUGGAAGGAAUUGCUAAUAUAUUAUGCUUUCUCUGAAGGAAAUAUAAUUUUUCUGUUAAUAACUUAAGCUAUGCAUAAUUUAUCCUCUAGGUUUUGCCUCUGUUGUGUUUGUUGCAUUUACUGACCUCCUGAAUGAGCUCUGAAAGUCUUGUAUGUAUUUUGUUACUGUAAAUACAUGUAUGUGUGAAUGUAUGACAAAGAUGUAUAAAUAUAUAAAUAUCUAUAAAUAUUUGAAGUUACUACAACACUGA